AUGGCCUCCUCUCGGACCAGGUCAAGCUUGCUGACAGCUUUGCUGCUGGCUGUGGUGGGAGUCUUGAGCCUCCGCUCUACCUUCGUGCCACCGGCCACUGACUCUGUUGCUCUUCGGGGUGCUCCCGUGGUGGCCGCCGUGGCGGCAAUGCCAAUGGCAGCAUCUGCAGCGGACGAAUACUUGAACUACAACAUGACUGGAGAGUUCACGCCAUUCAUGAUCAUUGGCUACUUUGGACUGACCACAUUCCUCACCGCCUUCGCCUUCGGCUCUUACCUGAUCCUCACCAAGCUCAAGAUCAUCUGA